AUGACAGAGUUUCAUAAUGAUUUUAAGAUUAACAUGGAAAAAGGAGUUGAUCUAGAGCAAGAACGGCGUGGAAGCAGUAGGAAGACGGAAUCAUCAGAUCAAAUGAUAAGAGAAGAAGAAAUAUAUAAAAAGCAGGAAAAUUCAAGGAGGGAAAUUUGGAGGCAGACAGGAGGAGGAAAUGGACAAGGCUUUAAUUUAUUUGUUACAGGAAUUGCAAAUAAACUAGGAGAAGAAGAGCUACGGAAGAUGUUUUCUGUAUAUGGAGAGGUAGAGAAGUGCCAGAUCAUGGUUGAUCCAUAUACAAAAGAACCACGGGGAUUUGGGUUUGUACAGAUGUCGACAAUCGAAAGUGCAAAUGCAGCACGGGAGGGGCUAACGGGAGAAGAGAGAUAUGGACGAGUUUUAAGUGUGGAUCGAGCACGCCGAGACAGACCGCGAACACCAACUCCAGGAAAGUAUUAUGGACCACCGAAAAAAGAUUAUUCAUACAAAAAUAAGCCAUUUUUUUCGACAUCAUAUAAUCGGUAUAGUCAUCACGAACGUUAUGAUCGGUACAACCGCUUUGGUGGAUAUGAUCGAUACAAUCAUUAUAAUAGAAGACCACAGGAACGUUUUCAUCCAUAUUAUGAAAAACAAGAUAGUCAUAGCAACCGUGAUCUGCGUCCUGGACGCUACGAACAUUAUACCUCUGGACGGGGAUAUGAUUAUUACAAAGAAGAUGAAUAUCCCCAUCAUUACUGUAAAAGCAACCGUUAAACGCCUUUAUUAAUUUUUCAAUAUUUUCAUUAUACUAUUAUCUAUUUUUUGAUAACUAC